AUGGCGCACCUGGCCCGCGACUUUGCUGAGCUGCCCACCCCGGCCGCGCGCCGGGCGACGCUAGACGGCAUUGUCGAGCGCCUCACCACUGCCGAGUGGAGGGAGCUGCUGGCCCGCCUGAGCCAGCGCGACUUCCGCUGCGAUAUCAUCGGCAGGUCGCCCGUCGAGCUCGUCGAGCAUAUCUUCCGCUUCCUGCCCCCGCACGCGCCCUUUCUGUACCAGCGAGUAGGCGCUCCCGUCCCGUUUGCUACGCCUGCUGAUCCCCGCCAGGUGAGCCGGCAAUGGCACCGCCUGCUGUCGUCGCCGCACGUGACUGGCUGUGCUCUCGACAGCUGGUACGCCGAGGGCGACCGCAAGCUGGCCGGCGAGGCCGCUGGGCUGUACGGCGACCGCUUGACGGUGCAGAAGUGGAAGGCUGACCACGUCAAGCGCUUCCGUGAGGGCCGCCCCUACCACGGCACCUUCUACUACGGCUCCUGGAACGUCAAACUGACGGCGCCCGACCGCGGUGAGUUCCCUGAAGCCGACUUCGUCCAGGACACGCUCGCCUGGAAAGCGUUGAGGAGAAUCGAGGCGUUCAAUUUUCGGACGGGGGAGCAUCACUCCAUCAUGACAGAUGCUCGAGAGCAGAUCGGCACCAUGAAGUUGACCGAGAGUCUUGUUGCUUUCUUCACACUGUUCUCCCGAGUUUGCCACAUAUAUGAUCUUCAGACAAAGGAACGAACUCAUUUCACCCUGCACAACCAGAACUUGGACGUGUUUGUUGCCCAGGGCCGGACGGUCCUGGUGGCCUCCGAAUCCCGCAAUCCCACCUGGAGCACUCGCUUGAACAUCCAUCUUUGGAAUGCUGUUGAGAGACGCACGCGUUCGUUUGAGAUCAACCGAGUCCGCCUCGUUGACGAGGGCCGGCCUUACCAGUACAUGCCCAAAAGCGUCGUCAUCGACGAACGCACCCGCUCAGUCGUCUGGUUCUUCUGCCUUCGCAGAGAGACCAAGAACUGGCUUUCGUUUGAACGGUGGUCGUUUGAGGGCGUUCUUCUGGGAAGGUAUGAGCACAACGAGUGCGUCUCGGUCUACUCGUUGCGGACGGCGGAAAUCCGGCCCAUGGACUAUGAAGGCCGCCUGUACCACAUCAAGACGCCCGUCCGACCGUUUGGGUACCGCGAAGAACCAGUCUUCGCACGCACCAUGACGACCAUCGUCUUCGACAACAGGCUGAACCAGAUCUCCAUCAAGACAUCGAAUGACGGCCUUCCGGCCUUUCGCAACGAGUAUUUCAGGAAGAUGCCCUUCGACAAAUUCACCGUCUGCCUCUGGAAAGACGGCAUGUUCUACAUGCCCCCCGCCGUUACUGACGAGGAAGCCCGCACCAAGGACAGCACCUGGGGCCCGCAGACGUACCAGACGCUGGAGCGUCGCGGGCUCCACCUCGGGAUCAUGGACAUCCCCGAGGACAUGGCAGUAGAGCACAGCGGCAUGCCUGGAGACGAGACUCUGCUGGGCAACGAGCACCUUUUGGUGCUGCUCCGACGCGGGCAUUGCGCCGUGUGGUGCUUUGAUCCGCAUCUGCAGCUGCCGGAGCGCAUACCCGUAGACGACCCGCUGUGA